AUGGACACUUCUCCAAACGCACCCACAGAUCCCCCGUCCCUCACUAACGGUACAACCCUUCAAGACAGUAAGGGUUGGGAUGGCAAGCUUCGAGUGGAUCGAAGAGCUGUAAUUACCAAUGCGGAGAUUCUUUCAGAUCCAGAAUACUCAGACGAGGAUGCUCCUCCAGUAGAGCAGAUCGUCGCAGACGAGGACUUGCUCGAAGACUAUGAGCCCGAUGCUGAUGACAUCGACCUCGUUCACUGCCGCGUCUCCGCAAUCGAGGCUCUCCAUCUUGAACGCUUCAACAAAGUCGAGAAAUUAUGCCUCCGCCAGAACCAGAUCUCGUACAUCGAACUGCCACCAAACCUGGGCCCGACACUGCACGAAAUAGACCUCUACGACAACGUGAUAUCACACAUAAAAGGCUUAGAAAGCCUUGUACACCUUACAAGCUUAGACCUAAGCUUCAACAAGAUCAAGCAUAUCAAGAAUGUGGAUCAUCUCAAAGAGCUCAAGGACAUCUACUUUGUGCAGAACAAGAUACAGAAGAUUGAGGGACUUGAUGGGUUGGCCAAGUUGAGGAAUUUGGAAUUGGCUGCGAAUCGAAUUAGGGAGAUGGAGAACCUGGAUACGUUGACGGGUUUGGAAGAGCUUUGGUUGGGGAAGAACAAGAUCACAGAACUCAAGAACAUAUCCCAUCUCAGCAACCUCAAGAUACUCUCCAUACAGUCGAAUCGCCUACCCACAAUGUCUGGCCUUUCCGCCCUUAUCAACCUGGAAGAGCUCUACAUCUCCCACAAUGCCUUGACUGAAAUCUCUGGUCUGGAGGGAAACACCAACCUCCGAGUCCUCGACAUCUCGAACAAUCAAAUCACUCAUCUCACGAAUUUGGAGAAUCAAAAGCACUUAGAAGAGUUGUGGGCUUCCUCGAAUCUAAUCAUAUCGUUUGAAGAAGUGGAAAGGGAAUUGGCAGACAAGAAGGAAUUGAAUACGGUCUACUUCGAGAUGAACCCUCUACAGUUGAAGAGCCCGGCUUUGUAUAGAAACAAGAUCCGACUGGCGUUACCACAGAUUCAGCAGAUUGAUGCAACUUAUGUACGAAUGAACAUUAUCAAUCCCUUCACUCGAACCACCUCAAUUCUCUUCAAGCAACCAUUGCCCAUUACUUAUAAGUUCAACUCAUCAGUCCGUCUUCAAAGACUUGCAUUUAGAUCAUACGCCAGCAUGACUUCUCCUACCGUCAAGCUCAACAGCGGCCACCAGAUGCCCCUCGUUGGCUUUGGACUUUGGAAAGUCAACAAUGACACCUGUGCCGAUACUGUCUAUAACGCCAUCAAGUCUGGCUACCGUCUCUUUGACGGUGCAUGUGACUACGGCAACGAACAAGAAUCCGGCCAAGGUGUCGCCCGCGCCAUCAAAGAAGGCAUAGUCAAACGCUCCGACCUCUUCCUCGUCUCCAAGCUUUGGAACUCCUUCCACGACCACGACCGCGUCGAGCCCAUCUGCAAAAAGCAACUCGAAGACUGGGGUAUCGACUACUUCGAUCUCUACAUCGUCCAUUUCCCCAUCUCCCUUAAAUACGUCGAUCCUUCCGAGCGCUACCCUCCCGGCUUCACCUACGAUGGCAAGAACGUCGUUCCCGGUAACGCUACCAUCCAAGAGACUUGGACGGCCAUGGAGAAGCUUGUGAGCAAGGGUAUGGCCAAAUCCAUCGGCAUCAGCAACUUUAACGGCCAGCUCCUCAUGGAUCUCCUCCGCUACGCCAAGAUCCCUCCCGCGACCCUCCAAAUCGAACAUCACCCCUACCUCACCCAAGAAGGCCUCGUCAAAUUUGCCCAAAGCCAAGGCAUAGCCAUCACAGCCUACUCAUCCUUCGGUCCCCAAUCCUUCCUCGAACUCGACAUGCAGCGCGCCAAAGACACGCCUCUACUCAUGGAUAACGCAACGGUCAAGAAGACCGCCGAGAAGCAUGGCAAGACGCCCGCGCAGGUACUAUUGCGUUGGGCGACGCAGAGAGACGUGGCGGUCAUCCCGAAGAGCAACAACCAGGGACGUCUGGCGCAGAAUCUGGAUGUCACGGGUUGGAAUCUCGAGAAGAGUGAGGUGGAGAGCAUUAGUGGGUUGGAUAAGGGGUUGAGGUUUAACGAUCCAUUGAACUAUGGCGUCCCGCAGCCUAUCUAUGUUUAA